CUCGGUUCAAAUCGUUCGACGCUCAUACAUAGAUAUUUUUGCAGUCAUAGUACACAUCAAGUUCGGUAAUCAUGUCACGUCCGAGUACGUUCGUCCUCGACAAGAAGAUUCAAGGCUUGCGGACUUCAGGGGCUACUGGUGGCGCUAAAGGGAAGAAAUCUGGACAUAUUUUGAAAUCUCCGUUGAAGUCGACCCUUGGUCUCUUCACGAACGAUGGGCCCAAUCUUCGACGGAAGAAAGCGGCCGUUCUAAACGGCACGGUCAGCACUUCAACCGCUCACUCGAAACCUGGUCGUUUCAGUUUGCACGAUGCGACUUUCUCUCGCUCGAGGGAUGGCCACGCUGGUGGCGAUGCUGCAAGAGAUGCAUUGGACGAGUUUCGCGGCUUGAUGGAGGACCGCGACGAGCAUCGUGAUGCUGAGGUUCGCCUCAAUGGAAACGAGGAGGAUUCUGCCGAAGAAGAGGAUUCUGAAGAUUGGGAUGUCGAUACGACCUUUGCGAAGCUUCUAGAACAAGAGCAACCCACCGAAACCCCAGACCUUCAUCUCACAGCUCUCACCGACAUUGCGCUCCCUUCCGCUUUCGCCAACGCAUCUUCGGCGUACCGUAAAGAGAUCGUCGACACGCUCCUUCCUACUCUCCGGUCUAUUAGCGAUACACAUGUGGCGUUUACUAAGGGUGGGAGGGACCUGAGACUGUCGGGUGUGGUGGUCGAGUUUGAUGAUGUGUGCAAGGAGUUUGAGGAGGGCGUUGGAGAGAGGGAGGAAAUCAUGGAGAGGGAGUUUGCGGAGGCUAAGGUAAGAAUGGACAGGUUAUUCGAAGACCUCAGGAAGCGUUACAAACGCCGCGAGCAGAUGGAUAACGAAUUUGCCGACUGGAUAUCCACCAAGGCCGAGAACGCCCGUGCGCGAGUCAAUUCACUCACGGAAGACCUGGAAGACCUGAUCACCGUCAUGAAUAAGAAGAGCAACGCUUUGGACAAGAACGAUGGGGGAGCGAAGAAAGCACAGGAGAAGAUGUUGAAAGGGCUGUUGAUGAAGAUGUGA